AGGGCGGGAGGCAGACGGGCCCAAGUGCCGCGCCGGCGCCUCGCCUGGGCCGUUAGCGGGUAGGCUGCCCGCCCGGGCCGGCGGCAGCUGGGGCUCGGGGCCGGGAUGGUGCGCCUGCGCCGCCGCGCCUGCCUGGCGCUCUUCCUCUGCGCGCUCUUCGUCCUGGGCGCCCUCCUGGCGCUGCGCACCCUCAAGCCCCCACCCGACGACCCCCGGCGCCGCCGCUUCCCGGGGCCCUGGCCCGAGGAGAAAGAGGCCAAGGAGGCCCCCGCCCCAGCCGACUCCCCCGCGCCCCCGGACGGGGCGCAGCACCCACCCGACCAGGACGCCCCGUCCGUCUCCUCCUCGCUGCACGUCUUCUACUACACGUGGUACGGGACGCCGCGCUUCGACAGCCGCUACCUCCACUGGGACCACGUGAUGGUGCCCCACUGGGACCCCAAAAUCUCGGCCAGCUACCCGAAAGGCCGCCACAGCCCCCCCGAGGACAUCGGAGCCAGCUUCUACCCGGCCCUCGGGCCCUACAGCUCCCGCGACCCGGCAGUCCUGGAGGAGCACAUGCGCCAGCUCCGCGCCGCCGCCAUCGGUCAGUGAGGGCGCGUCCCCAACUCACCGCGGGGUAGGGGUGCGGAGAGGAAGGAGGCCGGGGGAGGGGUGGCAGACUGGCCACGCUGGCGAGGGCGAUCGAGACCCCGACCCCCGCUCAGAAGCUGCCCCAUAAAGCCCCUCGUCGCCUCUUGAAUCAGCGGCUGCUGAAGUCUCUGGGAGCAUCCAAGGCCGCAAAAUAUCCCUCAUAUCACAGAGGGGAAGCCCAGAGAUGCUCCUCAAAGGAUAACAGCCUCCCCUGCCAGCAACUCGUCUAGCUUUGGCGGGUGGGAGGUGGGGGGUUGGAAAUGCCACCUUUCUUUUUUUUCCUCUGGGGUUUCCAGGCAACCCCGAGAGGCUGAAGUCUGAAAUUUCAGCAUCUGGACCUCAGAUGAAAUUUCAGCACUGCCUUGUCCUGGACAGCUCCUCCCCCAUCACCACUUUUGCUGCAGAGGCCAGAUGUCUUGCUAUUGGCAGGCACGGAACAAGGGAUCAGGAAAGAGAGCCUACCGAGUCAGAGCCAAACAUCCUGUUCUCACAAGAGCCAAUCAUAUGCCUGUGGGGAACUGCAAGCAGGAUUCGGGGGCAACUGCUAUACAGGUCAACCGCUAUACGCAAGCAUUGCUUGCCUCCAGCUGUGAUGGCAGAGCAUAGUCUCCAUGGUUAGCAAUCAAUAACCUUCUCCCUGAAUUUGUCUCAACCUCUUUUAAAGCCAUUCAAGCUGGUGGCCAUCACUGCAUCCUGUGGGAGGGAGUUCCAUAGUUUCUAUGCAUCAAGUGAAGAAGGGGCAGGUUAGUUCUCUGAGGGGUGGGGGGUGGUAGGUGCAAUGGUUUUGACUAUCUUUUUGGCCUAGCAGGCUUUCAGCAUCCAUAUUUAAGGGGGGCAUCAUCAUCUUCAGAUUGUAAAGCAGCCAGAUGUUGAAGGCAGUCUUAGCUCCUGCGGGUGGGCACAAUCCUCUCUGUCUCUGCAGGAGUCAUGGUUCUGUCCUGGUACCCCCCUGGCCUAGCAGAUGACAACGGUGAGCCUUCUGAGAGCCUGGUGCCCUUCAUAUUGGACGCCGCACACAGAUACGCAAUCCAGGUGCCUGUUGUUGCCACUGCUUGGGGCUAUUAGGCGAGUUUUAUGACAGCUGCUUCCAACUAUGUGGCAGCCAGGGUUGGUGGGGGGUUCCACUCAUGAGCAGUCAUCCACAGUGCAAAGGGGAACUACAGGGGGUCGCUGUUAAUUGGUUAGCUUCUCCCUGCUUGAAGCCUUGUAAUGGGGUGGGGUAAUCUGGAAGUUCAUGGAAUAAAAAUAGUAUUACAGAGCCAUGCCUGCCUGUGACAGUUCAGUCUCUUCUCUCUCCACCCCCAAAACUGAUUUUGAUACAUAAGAAGGAACAAAAACGGAGGGAAAGAAUGAAUCUUACAUGGCAGAUGGCUGUCCAACUUCCGUUUAAAAACCUCCAGUGAAGGAGAGUCCACCACCUUCCUUUAACAACUUUUAACUGUUGUGGUGAUGGCAUAGGACUAAUGUAGGUGGGAGCGGGGGUGGGAGAUUACUCUUGCAGUUGCUGCUGCCCACUGACUGUGUGGCUGGGGGUGCUGCACAACUGCUGCUGCCCCAUGUUCCUUUUCUGCAGGUCACCUUCCACAUACAGCCAUAUAAAGGGCGCGACGACAACACUCUGCACAGCAAUGUGAAAUAUAUCAUAGACAAGUAAGUACAGUACUCAGAAAGCAAAGGGUUAAAAAGAUAGGAGAGGCCAUUCCUACCCUUGAGAGGCUUGCGUAGAACAAAGGGCCACUUUUGCUUGUGUGAAACCCAAGAACUCAGGGAUGAAGAUGAGCGUUGCUUAUUUAAUAAAUAAAGAGUGUUUAAACUGUAAGUUUUAAAUGCUACUUAUUGAAUUUGUGGCAAUCUGCUCUUUUGGCUGGAGAAAAAUGGCCCUCAUAAGAAAACCUAAAAACCUUCAGAUACUGGUGAUGUGGUCAGGCUGCUGGGCUGGCUGGAAGGGGGAGAAGGGGGCUCUUUGCUCAGUCUCCCUGUCAAAGGACCCCAGUGCUGGAGCUCAGCUUUCAAUGGGUAUCUGUUGGCAGACAGAGAAUCAGAGAAACUGGAAGCGAAGAGGGUACUGAUGCAACAUUCGGAGCGGGGGGAAACGAGGCAACUUGCCUUCUCUGCUAAGAGCAGGACCAAGUUUCUCUAGGCUGCUUGUGGACUUAUAAGGCCAAAUGUGGGGCAUUAAACAGCCUAUUAUCUUGGCAGGUAUGGAACACAUGAUGCUUUCUACAGAUACAAGACCAGCACGGGCCGGAGGCUGCCUUUAUUUUAUAUUUAUGACUCGUACCUUACGCCACCCGAAGCAUGGGCAAACCUGCUCACCCCUUCCGGCUCCCACUCUCUCCGCAACACCCCCUAUGACGCCGUCUUCAUCGCCCUGUUGGUGGAGGAGGGGCACAAGCACGACAUCCUCUCCGCCGGCUACGACGGGCUCUACACCUACUUUGCCUCCAACGGCUUCUCCUACGGCUCCUCCCACCAGAACUGGAAAGCCAUCAAGGCCUUCUGUGACUCCAACAACCUCCUCUUCAUCCCCAGCGUGGGCCCUGGUUACAUCGACACCAGCAUCCGCCCCUGGAACAACCACAACACACGGAACAGGGUAAAUGGCAAGUACUACGAGACGGCCCUGCAGGCCGCCCUCAUGGUGCGCCCGGAGAUAGUCUCCAUCACGUCCUUCAAUGAAUGGCACGAAGGCACCCAGAUCGAGAAGGCCAUGCCCAAGAAGACCCUGACCCGGCUCUACUUGGACUACUUGCCCCACCAGCCAGACAUGUACCUGGAACUAACCCGUAGGUGGGCAGAGCACUACAGCAAAGAGAAAGAGCAGUGGCUCAUGUGAGCAAGCUGUGGAGGGUUGAUUCUCCUGGGCACGAAGAGACCCAGGGAGAAGCUGGUAGCCAUUCAGGUGGAGGAAGCUGCUCUCAGAGCUGUAAGUUUCUGGAACCUGGGUGAAGAGGGAUGAGCUGCGUUUCAUGUUGAAAUACCUCUUGAGAGGUUUGCUAUGCUCCUGCAGGGCAGCACACCGAUAUACGACUGUGCAAAACUCCCCAGAUAGAGUUGAGCUAGUGCUCUUGCAAUCCUCCUCACUCCAAGCCCUCAGCUUUACUUAAAAGAAUAGAUCUCUUUGCCUGCUGCAAGCCAAGAGGACAAUUCAUUUCAAAUCUGAGUUCUGCAGGAGGUGCUAAACUGAACAGCACAUCCCUGUUGCUAUUCAGUUCCAGGGAUAUUUAUUCCUUCUCUGCUGCCACUGCUACUUAGGCCUCUACCCUGUUGCUGCUCCCAGCAAACAUAACCUGAUGGAGCCCUACCCUUAUUAAAAAAACAAAACCUAGACAAUUUGUGUAUGCAGGAAAGUUCUCAGAAACCACAUGCUGUAUUAUGUCUUUGGAAUUCCAAUGAUCAGAAAUGCACCCAGUCUUGCAAUAAAACAAGAACCUCACUGGUGUUGGCAUUUAUUCCUUCAAGACAGGCAGCAAGAACAGAAAAGGUGAUGCCCCAGUGACCUAAUGGGGCGUGGAGUUUUGGCGUUUGCUUCAAAUGGAGACUGCUCCUUAAUAGCUUGUUGCAGACUUUGUCGAGUGAGUUGUACUGUACUCCAACCUAUGAAUAGUUUGGGGGCUGGGCUGGAAAGAGGAGCAAGUGUGUUGUUUGGGCCCCAUGCCUGCAGUUCAGGCAAAGUUACUAAGAGAACUCUACUGUGGUUGCAUGGGGAAAAUGAGCUAGAUUCUCAUUUUACCAUUAAUCCUACACCACUAAGAUUAUCAAUACUGCAUGUCACCCUCCAAUAGGUAAUUUCCC